AUGGAGGCCGCCGCUUCUCCCGCUUGCGCUUCGGAAGAGCACAUUGAGGCGGGAUUUUCUCCCCUCGGUCUACAACUCUCAAACAUUUCGGAACGCACUCGCUCUCCUACAGGAACCGACGGUCUCUCGUAUUCCUCCUCCGCUUCUGUGGGCUCCUCAUCUCACGCCACCCUGACUCCUCUCGCAUCUGCCUCUUCCCCUAUUUCGUCGGAUGCCCCGAUUUCUUCCUCUUUCUCUUCUGUCUCCUCUUCUGCUUCGUCUCCGAACUCGCCCGGGGCGUUCGCGCAGUUCAUCGCAACGGCUGCAAUUACUUCCUCGCUCAGGCCUUCUCCAUCAGAAGUUCUCUCUCCGAGUGAAGAUUUGUUUUCAAACCGCCUUGCCUUCUCUGGCGCGUCCGAAUCGCUUCGCGAGCGACUUCUGAGUCUUCAUUCGCUCGCAGGUGGAGACAGCCGUGCUCCUCAGAGUGUCACCUCUCGCCGUCUCCUUUUCUCGCCUCUCCUCUUCUCAACCUCGGGACAGGCCUCCUCCCCAGGCGCUUCUCGAAGAGCGGCCCCACAGAGGCGCGAAGCCGCCCUCAGGAGCAGAGCCAACUCAAGCUGCUGGGAGCCUCAAGAUGACGACGCGGACGGCUGUUUAAUUACGCGGGCAAACGCCCUGCCUGGCAUGCGCAACUUCCCUGAAGCGCCCUCGUCUCCCGUGGCUUCUCCAAAGAUAUGUGGAGAAGUGGGAACCCGCUCUGCCUGUGCGUUGUCAGCAAGUAGCCCCUCAGCCCGCCCAUCAGGACUCCAAGAAUCCACGCGAACUGCAGGAGCACCGGAACCAGAAAACCGUCCAGGAGUCCCGAAACAGAAUGAUGGGGCUUCAGACAGCGCAGCCCCUCUCUCUUCCUCUCUGCCUGCCGCUUCCACUCCCUCUUCGGCCUCUUCGGCCUCUUCGUCCUCUUCUUCCUCGCCUGGCUCCGCUGUUUCGGUUUCGGAUGCCUCGGAGGCAGUCCGCGUGGCUACCGAGGCUUUCGAUGCCCGCUUUGGCACUCCGCGUGCUUCGCGAGCAGCUUCUUUCCACGCGCGGCUCCUCGCGAGUCUGGCAGGAAAUUUGUCUGGAGCGAAGCCUCCGCGUCUUCUCCUCAGCUGGCAUCUGCCCAUGGAGAUUCCGCGGAGAAUGAGAUCCUCAGGCCAGGCGGCUGCGCCUCCGCCACCGGGCCUGAUGGGGCAGUCCUCCUCUCGAGCGCCGUCCCCGUCUUCCUCUUCGCCCGCACGAUCUUUCUCCGCCACACCAGCUUCUUCUGUGUUUCCAGAUGCUGGCGCCCCUAGCACGCCUUCGACAGAUGCCUCGGCCGUCUCGUCUCAGGUGGUGUCGCUAUCCAGCACAUGCGCCCCCGUCCUCCCCUCUCCGCGUUCUCGGCCCUCUCAGCAAGGCGGCGAGACUGAGCUUCACCGCCAGCCCCAAGCGGAUGUUUUCUCUCCCGGGACGCUUGCUUCCGCUCCCGUGCCGGAGACUGCUCCCUCUGAACCGAUCGCCUCGACUCCCAACGAACCCCUCAGCCGCGCUGCACGCGCUACACCUCCAGCUGGGGAAUCCGGUGUACGUACACCCGGCGCCACGCCGCUCGAGAGCGGCAACGCCGCCCCGGGAGCCUCGCCAACUUCCAGAGUUGCCCCUUUGGGUGCGCCAAACUCGAUCGUUUUUCGAGGGCCGAGCUCGCCUUUGCGCCAGGCCACAGAGCUCGCAGGCGGCCGGCUGGGGAGGCAGUUGCUGCUGCGUCAGUCCCAGUUGAUUCUCCUGCUGGGGCUGCACGGCCUGGCGCGGGAGCGCGAAGGGGCGGCUGGCCUCGCCUCUCCGGAGAGUUCUGGAAGCCUCGAGUGCCUGCGUAGACGAUCGGCGGCCAUUGCCUCGGCGACGGCGCGCCUCACGCAGGCUUUAACGAAUGCAGAACUUCGCAGUCAAGGCAGCUUCUUGGUGGGUUUGGGCGGUGAGGGCGCAGCAGGCCUCGCAGGCCACGGUGUACGUACAUCGCGGAGCGGAAGCAGGCAGCCCGGAGAAGAGGGAUGCCGUGGGGGACAAGAGAGACAGCGAGACGAGGCGAAGGAGGGAGCAGUGGAUGAGCGGGCGGAAGGACCCGAAGCCUCGCGGAAGUUGCGGAGAGCGCGCGGACGAAUCAACUUGGUGAAAGCCGAACACGCGGUGAUGAUGACAAAGGGGAACAAGAAGCACCUCGACCUCCUCAUUCGCGAUUACCUCCUCCUCGCUUUGCAAGUGGCAUUCGCAUCCCUUCACUGGCGCGUGCCUGGCCAGUUUUCUCGGCUUCUCCUUUUCACCGGGAGCGACGGAGAGACAGGCAAGGACACGGCGAACGGCCGCAGUGCCGCACAGCGAGAGAGUCGGAAUUCCGGAGGGAAGGCAGCGGGCCAGCGGCAGGGGCCGCGCGAGGCGAACGCCACGGCGCCGCUCUUUCGCGUCGAGGCAUUCCCCGCGUCGCAGCCGAGAAGGAUAUGCGCGCAGUCGGAGAAUGACCAAACGUUCACAAACGCCUCGCCAGAGGCCGUCAUGGAGGCGGCAUCUUACAGGGGAACUUCCAGGGCAGAUUCGACAAACGUCGAAGAGGCCUUCUUCCUCAGAACGGUCGACGGCCGUUUGCUGCGUGUGCCUGCGUCGGAGGUCGCUUUGAAGGCAGGAGAAUCGCUCUCGGCGGACAGCAGGCAAGACGAUUCGCAAGGAGACUCGGCGUGGCCAGGUCCCUGGAUCUCCGCAAAUAAGGCGAGAUGCUUCGCCUGCGACUUUGCCCCCGCGAAAUGCUCCUGUGCGCGCUUCUCGCCCCGCUACGUCCUUGUCGCGAAAGACGAACCGACUCUGGCGUUGAUCUUGCUGCUGCUUCUCGAGACGUCGCCUUCCCAAACGCUUACCAUGGCAGACGUCGACGCGCUGCUAGUCCUCCCCCGAGGAGUCAUCCGCUGCGGCGCCGGGGCAGCUGGACGCGGAGACGCUCUUUGCUCCGUGUUCCCCCUGCCGCCGUCGGAAGGGUCGGACCGUUCCUGGCGGGGAAACGAGAGAAAAAAACGGAAGCGGCUUCCCGGUGUCUCCGGCGCGGCGCCUCGCCUGUUUGCUUCUCCAGCGUCUUCUCAGCUCUCUUCAGCUCUCGAGCGCAACGGCACCGCGUCCUCGUCCGGGGCCUCAACUUCUACGACGUCGGCCGGCCACGCGGGCUCUUCCCUGCUGAGUUCCCACUUCCGCGCCGUCCCGGAUCCCGAGCUGGCGCACGCAGCGGCGACGCUCGCGAACCUCGAUCGCGUCUGUCGAAAAGGCAAGUUCGACGUCGGACUCGUGGCCGUCUCAGAGGACCGGGUUCGGCUUAUAUGCGAAGAGCGCGAGACGCUGAAGCGCAAGUUGGAAGCGCACUUUGGCGUCUCGCUUUCUGGUUUUCUCGCGGAUAUUUCCGCCUCCGGUGGGGGGUCGGCGCCCGCGCAUGCAGGGGGUGCGCGGCGGCCUGGCGACGGGCCUGGCGAAGGCCGAGACACGCACAGCGGGGAGGAAGGCGGGGUUCUUAUUCGGAGAGCAGGCGGAUGGGACGCGAGACAUUCAGACAGGCAGAAGAGAGACCGUGGACUCGAGGAGGGGGAAGGUGAGGCGAGAAACGGAAUCAACGGCGCGAAGGGCGAAGAACACAAGGGGAGGAAGGGAAGCGAGGAGGAGGUCCAGGAGGGUGGCGGAGUGCUAGCCCGACGAGAGGAAGGCCGAAGCGAAAAGCGCGACGCAGCGUCUCAGACACAGGCCAGCGAAGGAGAGGAAAGUUCCGGUCCAGCGCGAAGGGGAGGCCGAGCGGCGAGACGCUCUGAGACUUCUGCCGGGGAGCCGGAAUGUGGCAUUCCCCGGUCCUCGCGAGAGUCCUCUGGAGAGAGAAACGCGCCUCCGAGUGACGGGAUGCGUGACGUCUCCGAGCGUCGCUUGGCUUCCUCAAGUGGCGAUUCGCCGUCUCCCGCAAGCGGGAACGACGAAGGCGAGGCACGGGCCGCUACCACAGGAAACGUCGACGACACAGACGAGCGGCAGAUUUGCGUGGUACAGACGCCGCCUCGCGUCCACGGGGCGUGGACAGUUCGGCCGAAAACGGAGCUCGGCAAGGAAAGCGAGAGUAGACAACGGCUCUCGAGUCGUGGGCAGGAUCUUCCGAAUUCACUGCAUGCAACUCCGCGCUUUUUCCCCCGAGUGCGCCUUGCCGACUGGGUGAGACGGCGCCCGUGUGGAAGCCUCAGCGGACGAGCGCUUGGCAGCGAGGACGCGAGAGGGAGAGGAGCCAAUUCUGGAGCGAGAACCGAAGCGACAGCAGACCGAACGGAAGGACCAGAAAAAGGGGCUGUCGACCAAGCUAAAGAGAAUGACAGGUUGGGGAGGCCGGGCAAGCGAGAGAGAGGCCCAGCAGAGGACUCGACUAGAGGGCGUCGAUCGAUGACAGACUCUUUUUUGGAAGGCAUGGGCUCGACCAGAGAGACACGGCUUCUCGGUCCAGGCCAUGAUGUGCCUCUGGAAACCCGAAAGCGGAUGCGGCGAGGGGCUGCACACUUCGACGCGCAGAAAGAAGAGAAGACGCAUCUCUCGACAGUCGAAAACGCGGCGCUGCUCCUGGGACCAGCAACGACCGACGCAGAGUCUGGUGUCUCCGACAUCUCUCCGCCAUCCGUUUCCUCUUCUUCGUCUUCCAUUCUUCCAUCAGUCUCUGCGGCGCUAUCAGUGAACUUCCGCCAUGCCCUGCGCUACGCCCGACGGUCCCUAACCCGCCCAGUCUCCGCGUUCGCUUCUGUCUCCUCUCCGCUUCCCAUCUCCUCUCCGCCUCCCAUCUCCUCUCCGCCUCCUCUCGCCUCUCCGCCUUCUCUCGCCUCUCCGCCUCCUCUCUCUUCUCCGCCCUCUGUUUCCUCGUCGCCGUGCUCGUUGUCGCGUUUCUCGUCGACCAAGUUGACGGAUGGCGCCUCGACGGCCGCGUCGCUCUCUCCGCCACGCGAAGGCUUUGCAUCAGGUGUCCCGUCCCCGUCGCAGUUUUCGCAAGCUAGCGAGUCUCGGCCGCAAGCGGGUGGGGCGUGUGGCGAGGCGUGUGUCUCCGGUCAGUGGGCGAAGCGGCGUCGGUCACUUGAGGGCCUCCCGUGGGACACCCGGCGAGAUCUGCAGGCUUCAUGGGGGGAGACAGAAAGCGGCGGUGAGGAGGGGCGAGAACGGCGAGAAAAGGGGCGUCGGUUGCCUUCCGCUGGUUCCUCGAGGGCCGACGCGAAGACGCGAGAGGACCUGGAAUUCGAGAAGGCUGCUCUGACUGCAUGCAUGCAGCCACGAAGACUGCCGGCCCUCGCCGUUGUUGACCGAGCGCUCCUGUCCACAGCGGAGUUACCCAAGUAUCUUCGCAACCACUUAGAUGGAGCGCAUUCCUCGGAGGCUCUCCCUCUCGAUUUCGACGAUCCUUCCGGCGUCUCCUGUGCGCGAGAGGGGCGAUGUGAGGCGGGGGAGAAGCACGGAGAAUCUCUCCGCCACAUCGAGGCGGCGCAGCGACUCGGCGACACGGGAAUCCGCGCUCAGGACAGCGGGCCGCCCACUAGCCUGAUGGGAACCACCGGCGAGGCCCCAGGCCCUCCUCCGCCCUCUCAUCCAGAAGGCCGGCCUUCCCUUACGCUUCAAAACGCGCCUUCUGUUUCUUUGGCGUCUCUCCUUUCGCUCUCGAGGCGCGUGACUGGCUCGCUUGUGGGGCGGUCCGCGGGGCGUCUCUUCUGCAGGCGCGCGAGUGAGUUAGGCCCUGCAUUCGCGGCCUCUCCGCACCUGGGCGUUGGCCCAGCGGGGGCCUCGUCGUCUGCCGCCCCGACGGCGCUCACGGAUCUGGACCCUCGGGCGACCGCAGGCAGCGGCGACUUGCCUCUCCACUCUGUAGAUCGGUCCCCGACUAUAAGCCGAAUCGCCCUCGCGUCCGCAUCCGACGACGCGGAGGCGCGCGCUCGCGGAGAGGAAGGUGGAGUGGCCGAUCGCCUCCAGACGCUGCUCGAGUCGCUGAUUGCCGAUUUGUGGAGUCGAGGGGAGGCCGACGAGGCGCGGUCGAGUGCGACGGAGAGGCGUCAGCGUCGCAGGCGCGGAGCCGGCGCUGAGGCGUUUGAGUCAGAGGACGAGGCCGAGAGAGACGACUCAGACGUUGGAGACUUCGCAGAGAGCGAUUCGCCGGAGGCGCCGCCGGGCGCCUUCUUUCUGCCUCAGCGACGUGGACGAGCGCGUCGGGCCGCGGACCAUCCCUCGAGAUUCUCGGGCGCGUCGGACUCUCUGUCUGAAAACGGAACGAGUGGCAGUGAGAGUGCGAGCGCUCCCGACGAUGAUCGCGAAGACUUUGAAGGAAGCGACGAGCCGUGGGAUUUCCCGUGGGCAACCGACGACAGUUUGAGUCAAGACGAGGAAUCGGAGGCAAGUCCCGAGGACUCCAGUGCUGACGAGGCAGAUGCCUACGAGAACGACUCGUACGAAGAAGACGAUUGA